CGCCUUCCCUCUCCUCUAGGUGACAACGCUACGGGCCAGUGGCUGCUCGUGAAUGACGAUAGCUCACGCCGUAAGGAAUCCUCGAGGGAGAAGAGGUCCACUCUUCAGGUGAUUCUCUCCCGAUCACCAAUACUGCUGUUAUUGAUUCCUCUCUCACACUCGCUCAGGCAGUCUCCGGCCCUUAUACACCGAGUAUUAAUUGCCGUCCCUGCGCACGAUAUCCAUGGCUCUUCUCUCGCGGUUCAUCGCCCUUCUGGGCUGCAUCCUGCCUCUCGUCCUCGGCCAAGCCCUGCCCCUGCACACCUCAAGCCGAUGGAUCCUCGACGCCGACAACAAGCGCGUCAAGUUGCGCUGCGUCAACUGGGCCGCCCACAUGGAGACCAACGUGCCCGAGGGCCUCCACAAGCAGUCGAUCGACUACCUCGCCGACUGGAUCAAGGCCCAGGGCUUCAACUGCGUGCGCCUGACCUACAGCAUCGACCACGCCCUCAACCCUGACCUCAAGGUCUCCGACUCCUUCACCGCCGCCGCCGCCGCGGCGGGUGUGUCUGCGGCGGCGAUGCAGGACUUGUACGCCCGGGCGGUGGCCAAGAACCCGUUCCUGGGCGGGGCCGCGACGACGACGCGCGACGUGUUCGGCGCCGUGGUCGACGCGCUGUGGGCGCGGGGCGUCAUGACGGUGCUGGACAACCACGUCAGCCGGGCGUCGUGGUGCUGCGACCUGACCGACGGCAACGGCUGGUGGGACACGGCCUUUGGCUACAACGACUGGAACAGCCGCUACUUCGGCACCGCCGACUGGCUCGCCGGCCUGGCGGCCAUGGCCGCCUGGGCUGGCCACUACCCGGGCGUCGUGGCCAUGUCGCUGCGCAACGAGCUGCGCGAGUUCCUCCUCCAGGACCUCAACGGCCGCCGCGACUGGUACGACCUGGUCGGCCGGGCGGGCGCCGCCGUCCACGCCGCCAACCCGGACGUGCUCGUCAUCGUGGGGGGCGUGCAGUCCGCCACCGACCUGACGCACCUGCGCACCUCCAAGACGCUCGACACGUCGCGCUGGGCCGGCAAGCACGUGUGGGAGUUCCACGCGUACAGCUUCACCGUGACGUUCCCGGACCCGCUCAGCAGCUGCGCGGCGUCGCGGGCCGAGUACGGCCUCUUCGACGGGUUCGUGCUGGAGCAGGGCAGGGCCUUCACGGGGCCGCUGUUCCUGAGCGAGUUCGGCGUCGGCAUGAGCGGCGGGCCCGGCAACGGGCUGUCGGAGCGCGACGGCGCCUACCUCGACUGCCUGGUCGGGUACAUGGCCGACAACGACGCCGAGUGGGCCGUCUGGGCGCUCCAGGGGAGCUACUACGUCCGGGACGGCGUCGUGGACAAGGACGAGGGCUGGGGCCUGCUCGACGGCGCGUGGGCGGGCUGGAGGAACUCGGCCUUCCCGGGCAUGCUGAAGGGGAUGUGGAAUGUCACGCAGGGCCCUUGAGGGAGGCGUGCUGUGGGUCUCGUAGGUUGGCGUUUCUUGGUUCGAGCAUAUAUCAUUUUAAAUCAUAGUAGUAGUAUGGAUGGCUUAUA